AUGGCCGAAAGGCAGACGAUGUAUGGAAAUGAGGGGAGUGUAAAGAACAAGGAGGCAGAUGAUGUCAACGGUUCCGCAAAGAUCAAUCGUGACAUCACAGCAAAUGUUGCGGCGACUCGAGAUGGUGCGGGAGUCUUCAAGGGCGUGAAGGUCAACUCUGAGAAGGACCAUCUGUGGUAUAAUGGCCCAAAGAGAGUUCCAGAAGCUGAAGCAGACGAUUUGGUCAAAAUGAAGGAACAGAAGCUAGUAAGGAGCAGACGCGAGUUAUUUGAAAAUGGUUUACACCAGAAUGGUGACGAUACAAAACAAGCUACUCAGAGGAGGGCAAGCAACAGCCUGCCAGCCGACCGUUCGCAUGAAGCUGUCGAAAGGGACGCCAUCAUAAAUGAAAACUGUGUUGGAGGCCACGACUGUGGUAAUGAUGAACAACAGGACAUAUUGCAACAACAGAACAUUCCACAGACGUCAGCUCGAAACCCGCCUACCACAAAUGGGCAUGAUGUCGAGAAUGCUAAUUCGAAAGCCAUAUCUGAACACGUUGGGAACUCCGUCCAGGAUGCUGCUCACUCUGAGACCAGAGCUGCUCCAGCUUUGAAUGGGACAGUGAACGGGACUGCUGCAGGUCCAAUGGCAAACAUGAAUGAAGCAGGAACAACGGAUGAGAAUAUACUGGACGAGUUUGACAAGUUAUUGGACGGAUUUGAUGACAGACGUCUUGGAAAUGGACUAGAAGGAAAGGAAGAGAACAGAACUGGGUCAGCGACAGAGGAAGGGCAUGGGGCUCAGGAGAUGGACGGAACAUGCAAUGUCGGGUUAGACGCUGGACAAGAUGCAGGUGAUGUAGACAACGGUUCAGGAAAAGCAGACGAGUCAAGAUCUAACCUGGAGACAGCUGGAGGCGAGGAUGAUCAGCUGACAGGGGAGGUCAAGGAAACAAGCGAGGUCACUACCAAAGAGGAAACAAAAGAGGCAUCCAGGACAACGCAGAAGGACGAAAAAGUUACCAGGGAGUUUCGAGAUGAUGACCUUGCUGAAGGGCACCCGGGAAUUGAGACGACGAGCCUCACUAGCCUCGAGAAAACCAAAGAAAAUAUCAAGAAGGUUAGAAGGGAAGAAAGUAGGGAAAGACUGUCAGAUACAGAGAGGGAGGUAACUAAUAUAAAGUCAACUGAGGAUAUCAGAGACGUCCAUAAGGUGACAGAAGAGGAGCGAAGACAGGAAGUCCGAUCUACGUCGCGGCACAGAUCAACUGAGAGAGCGGGUCUGCAUGGACAGAGUCAAAGGUCAGCAAGUGUAACAACGACGGCUAGAGCAAAAAAGUUGAGGAAGGAGCAAGAAAUUGACGCCACCACAGAAGAAACAGAAUGUGAGAAACCUGGAAUUGAGGUCACAACAGAGAAGACAGACAAAGAAGCAGUAGCCAGUGAGACACUAGAAUAUGACGUUAUCACUGAGAAGGCAGAAGAAGCAGUUCUAUGCGAGACACCUGAAACUCAGAUCACCACCGCGAAGACAGGCAAUGAAGCAGUAGCGAGUGAAACACCAGAACAUGAAGUUAUCCCUGAGAAGACAGAAGAAGCAAAUACAUGUGAGACAACUGAAAUUGAGGACACCUCGGAGAAGACAGAGACAGAUGCAGUAGCCAGUGAGACACCAUGUGAGGUUAUCGCUGAGAAGACAGAAGCAGCAGUUCUAUGUAAGACACCUGAAAUUGAAGUCACCACCGAGAAGACAGAAGAGACAGUUCUAUGCGAGACACCUGGAAUUGAGGUCACAACAGAGAAGACAGACAAAGAAGCCGUAGCCAAUGAGACACUAGAAUAUGACGUUAUCACUGAGAAGGCAGAAGAAGCAGUUCUAUGUGAGACACCUGAAACUCAGAUCACCACCGAGAAGACAGGCAAUGAAGCAGUAGAGAGUGAGACACCAAAACAUGAACUUAUCACUGAGAAGACAAAAGAGACAGUUCUAUGCGAGACACCUGAAAUUGAGGUCACCUCCGAGAAGACAGAGAAUGAAGCAGUAACGAGUGAAACACCAGAACAUGAAGUUAUCACUGAGAAGACAGAAGAGACAAUUCUAUGCGAUACACCUGAAAUUGAGGUCACCACCGAGAAAACAGAGAAUGAAGCAGUAGUGAGUGAAACACCAGAACAUGAAGUUAUCACUGAGAAGACAGAAGAGACAAUUCUAUGCGAGACACCUGAAAUUGAGGUCACCUCCGAGAAGACAGAGAAUGAAGCAGUAGCGAGUGAAACACCAGAACAUGAAGUUAUCACUGAGAAGACAGAAGAGACAGUUCUAUGCGAGACACCUGAAAUUGAGGUCACCUCCGAGAAAACAGAGAAUGAAGCAGUAGCGAGUGAAACACCAGAACAUGAAGUUAUCACUGAGAAGACAGAAGAGACAGUUCUAUGCGAGACACCUGAAAUUGAGGUCACCUCCGAGAAGACAGAGAAUGAAGCAGUAGCGAGUGAAACACCAGAACAUGAAGUUAUCACUGAGAAGACAGAAGAGACAGUUCUAUGCGAGACACCUGAAAUUGAGGUCACCACCGAGAAGACAGGAAAUGAAGCAGUAGCGAGUGAAACACCAGAACAUGAACUUAUCACUGAGAAGACAGAAGAGACAGUUCCAUGCGAGACACUUGAAAUUGAGGUCACCACCGAGAAAACAGAGAAUGAAGCAGUAGCGAGUGAAACACCAGAACAUGAAGUUAUCACUGAGAAGACAGAAGAGACAGUUCUAUGCGAGACACCUGAAAUUGAGGCCACCACCGAGAAGACAGGCAAUGAAGCAGUAGCGAGUGAAACACCAGAACAUGAACUUAUCACUGAGAAGACAGAAGAGACAGUUCGAUGUGAGACACCUGAAAUUGAGGUCACCACCGAGAAGACAGGCAAUGAAGCAGCAGCGAGUGAAACACCAGAACAUGAACUUAUCACCGAGAAGACAGAAGAGACAGUUCUAUGCGAGACACCUGAAAUUGAGGUCACCUCUGAGAAGACAGAGAACGAAGCAGUAACGAGUGAAACACCAGAACAUGAAGUUAUCACUGAGAAGACAGAAGAGACAGUUCUAUGCGAGACACCUGAAAUUGAGGUCACCACCGAGAAGACAGGAAAUGAAGCAGUAGCGAGUGAAACACCAGAACAUGAACUUAUCACUGAGAAGACAGAAGAGACAGUUCUAUGCGAGACACCUGAAAUUGAGGUCACGUCCGAGAAGACAGAGAAUGAAGCAGUGACGAGUGAAACACCAGAACAUGAACUUAUCACUGAGAAGACAGAAGAGACAGUUCUAUGCGAGACACCUGAAAUUGAGGUCACCACCGAGAAGACAGAGAAUGAAGCAGUAGCGAGUGAAACAUCAGAACAUGAAGUUAUCACUGAGAAGACAGAAGAGACAGUUCUAUGCGAGACACCUGAAAGUGAGGUCACCUCCGAGAAGACAGGAAAUGCAGCAGUAGCGAGUGAAACACCAGAACAUGAAGUUAUCACUGAGAAGACAGAAGAAACAGUUCUAUGUGAGACAACUGAAAUUGAGGACACCUCCCAGAAGACAGGCAAUGAAGCAGUAACGAGUGAAACACCAGAACAUGAAGUUAUCACUGAGAAGACAGAAGAGACAGUUCUAUGCGAGUCACCUGAAAUUGAGGUCACCUCCGAGAAGACAGAGAAUGAAGCAGUAGUGAGUGAAACAUCAGAACAUGAAGUUAUCACUGAGAAGACAGAAGAAACAGUUCUAUGUGAGACAACUGAAAUUGAGGUCACCUCCCAGAAGACAGGCAAUGAAGCAGUAACGAGUGAAACACCAGAACAUGAAGUUAUCACUGAGAAGACAGAAGAGACAGUUCUAUGCGAGACACCUGAAAUUGAGGUCACCUCCGAGAAGACAGAGAAUGAAGCAGUAGUGAGUGAAACAUCAGAACAUGAAGUUAUCACUGAGAAGACAGAAGAGACAGUUCUAUGCGAGACACCUGAAAUUGAGGUCACCACCGAGAAGACAGAGAAUGAAGCAGUAGCGAGUGAAACACCAGAACAUGAAGUUAUCACUGAGAAGACAGAAGAGACAGAUCUAUGUGAGACACCUGAAAUUGAGGUCACCACCGAGAAGACAGGCAAUGAAGCAGUAGCGACUGAGACACCAGAACAUGAAGUUAUCACUGAGAAGACAGGAGCAGUUCGAUGUGUGACACCUGAAAUUGGCAUCACCAUCAAGAAGACAGACGAAGAAGAACCUGAUAUUAAGGUCACCACCGAGAAGACAGACGAAGAAGUGGUUUCAAGUAGGGCGGCAGAUAUCGUGGUCACCACUGAGAAGACGGAAGAAGCAGUCCCAACUGAGGCACAGGAAAUUAAGGUCAAAACAGAAAAGAGUGACGAAGAAGCCGUUCCCAGUGAGACACCAGAGAUUGGCAUAAUCCAUCAAACGACUGACAAAGAGGUAGUUCCGAGUAAGACACCGGAAUCUGUGAUUACCACUGAUGAGACAGACAAAGAAGAAGUUCCAAGUGAGACACCCGAAAUUGAGGUUACCAAUGAAAAGACUGACGAAGAAGCAGUUUCCAUUGAGUCACCAGCAAUCGUGAUCACCACUGAGAAGGCAGACGACGAGAUAAUUCCCAAUGAGACACCCGAAGUUAAUGCCACUACUGAGAAGACGGAUGAUGAAAAGGUUCAAAGUGAGACUACCGCGGUCGAUGUUACCACUGAAAAGACAGUCAAUGCAGAGGUUCCCAGUGAGACAUCCGCAAUCAAGGUCGCUACAGCGAAGACGGGUGAAGAAGCAUUUCCAAGUGAGACAUCAGCAAUUGAGGUUACCACUGAAAAGACAGGCAUAGAAGCUGUUCCUUCUGAUACAGCAGCAAUUGAGGUCAUCACUGAAAAUACAGGCGAAGAAGCAGUUCCAAGUGAGACACCAGCAAUUGAGGUCACCACUGAAAAGACAGGCAAAGAAGCUGUUCCUACUGAGACAGCAGCAAUUGAGGUCACCACUGAAAAUACAGGCGAAGAAGCAGUUCCAAGUGAGACACCAGCAAUUGAGGUCACCACUGAAAAGACAGGCAAAGAAGCUGUUCCUACUGAGACAGCAGCAAUUGAGAUCACCACUGAAAACACAGGCGAAGAAGCAGUUCCAAGUGAGACACCAGCAAUUGAGGUCACCACUGAAAAGACAGGCAAAGAAGCUGUUCCUACUGAGACAGCAGCAAUUGAGGUCACCACUGAAAAUACAGGCGAAGAAGCAGUUCCAAGUGAGACACCAGCAAUUGAGGUCACCACUGAAAAGACAGGCAUAGAAGCUGUUCCUACUGAGACAGCAGCAAUUGAGGUCACCACUGAAAAGACUGGCGAAGAAGCUGUUCCUCGUGAGACACCAGCAAUUGAGGUCACCACUGAAAAGACAGGCGAAGAAGCUUUUCCUACUGAGACAGCAGCAACUGAGGUCACCACUGAAGGGACUGGCGAAGAAGCUGUUACUCGUGAGACACCAGCAAUUGAGGUCACCACUGAAAAUAUUGGCAAAGAAGCUGUUCCUACUGAGACAAAAGAAACUGAGGAUGUUACGGAGAACUCAGAAGAAACAGUUCUGCAUGAAGCAUCGGUAAUUAAGGAUGGCACUAAUAAAAAGGUCGAAGAAGCAGAUCCUGGUGAGGCACCAGGAAUUGAGAUCACCGCUGAAGAGACAGAGGAGCUGGAAGUCAUCUCCAAUGACGUACCUGAAGUUGAAGUCAGUAAAGUACCAUCUGUUGAUGCCAAGACUGAGAACACCAUUAUCAAAGACAAGCCAAAAACCGAAGAGAUCAACGAAGACAAGCCAGGCGUUGGAGAGACUGAGGGUGUGGAGAGCAUCAUCGAUCACAAGCCAGAGGCUGAAGAGACCAUUACUGAUAACAAGUCCGAUGCAGCGGAGACCAUCACCGAUUGUAAACCAGUUGCUGCAGAGACCAUUACUGGAAAGAAGCCAGAAUAUGUUGAGAAUGUCACUGAUGACAAGCCAGAGGCUGUAGAGACCGUCAGUGAUGACAAGUCCGAAGCUGUAGAGACUCUCAUCGAUGACAACUCAGAAACCAUAGAGACUCUUACUGAUCACAGAACAGAGGAUGUAGGAAGGUCUACUGAUGACAAGCCAGUGGCUGUUGAGACCGUCAGUGAUGACAAGUCCGAAGCUGUAGAAACUGUAGCCGAUGACAAACCAGAGGCUGUAGAAACUGCAGCCUAUGACAAACCAGAAGUUGUAGAAACUGUAACCGAUGAGAAGUCAGUUGCUGUGGAGUCUACCACCGACAACAAACUCGUAGCUGUAGAAACUCUCACUGAUGACAAUCCAGAACCUGUAGAGACUCCUAUUAAUGACCAGCCAGAAGCUGAUGACUCAACAGUGGACGUAGUGAUGUCCACCGGUGAAAAGCCAGAUGUGGUUGAGCCACUCACAGACGACAAACCAAACGAUGCAGAGACGAUCAAUGAUAACAAGUCAGAGGAUGUGGCGACUGCCAUCGAUGACAAGCCAGAAUCUGUCGAGAUCAUUUCUGAUGACAAAACAGGGGCAGUUGUGUUUGUCAGCGAUGACAAGCCAGAAACUGUCAAGAUCAUUACUGAUGACAGACCAGAAGCUGUAGAGAUUGGCAUCGAUGACAAACCAGAAGCUGAAGAGAAUAUCACUGAUGACAAGCCAGAGGCUGUAGAGAAUCUCAUCGAUGACAAGCUAGAAGCUGUAGUGACCAUCACUGCUGACAAUGAAGAGGCUGCAGAGAUCAUCGCUGAUGACAAGGCAAAAGCAGUAGAGACUGUCAUUGAUGACAAGCCAGAAGCUGUAGAAACUCUCACCGAUGACAAGCUAGAAGCUGUAGAGACUAUCACUGCUGACGAUGAAGAAGCUGCAAAGAUUGUAGCUGAUGACAAGGCAAAAGCUGUAGAGACUGUCAUUGAUGACAAGCCGGAAGCUGUAGAAACUCUCACCGAUGACAAGCUAGAAGCUGUAGUGACCAUCACUGCUGACGAUGAAGAGGAUGCAGAGAUCGUCGCUGAUGACAAGGCAAAAGCUGUAGAGACUGUCAUUGAUGACAAGCCAGAAGCUGUAGAGACUCUUACCGAUGACAAGCUAGAAGUUGUAGUGACCAACACUGCAGAUAAUGAAGAAGCUGCAAAGAUUGUAGCUGAUGACAAGGCAAAAGCUGUAGAGACUGUCAUUGAUGACAAGCCAGAAGCUGUAGAAACUCUCACCGAUGACAAGCUAGAAGCUGUAGAGACUAUCACUGCUGACGAUGAAGAAGCUGCAAAGAUUUUAGCUGAUGACAAGGCAAAAGCAGUAGAGACUGUCAUUGAUGACAAGCCGGAAGCUAUAGAAACUCUCACCGAUGACAAGCUAGAAGCUGUAGUGACCAUCACUGCUGACGAUGAAGAGGAUGCAGAGAUCGUCGCUGAUGACAAGGCAAAAGCAGUAGAGACUGUCAUUGAUGACAAGCCAGAAGCUGUAGAGACUCUUACCGAUGACAAGCUAGAAGCUGUAGUGACCAACACUGCAGAUAAUGAAGAAGCUGCAAAGAUUGUAGCUGAUGACAAGGCAAAAGCUGUAGAGACUGUCAUUGAUGACAAGCCAGAAGCUGUAGAGACGCUCACCGAUGACAAGCUAGAAGCUGUAGAGACUCUCACUGAUGACAAGCCGGAAGCUGUAGAGACUAUCACUGAUGACACAACCGAAGAUGCAUUGUGGUUCAUCGAUGACAAGCCAGAAGUGGUAGAGCCACUCACUGAUGACAAGGCAAACGAUGUAGAGACUAUCAAUCAUAACAAGUCAGAGGAUGUUGAGACUGUUACCGGUGACAAGACAGACGCUGUAAAGACUUUCACUGAUGACGAGCCAGACGUUAUAGAAACCAUUACUGACAACAAGCCAGAGGAUGUAAAUACGGCCACCGAUGAUAAACCAGAAGCUGUAGAGACUGUUGCCGAUGACAACGCAGAAACAGUAGAAACCAUCGCUAAUGAUGAUCCAGGAGCCGCAGAAACCAUCACUUAUGGCAAAUCAGAAGCUGUAAAGGCUGUCGCUAAUGAGCAACCAGAGGGUGAAGAGACCCCCGCCAAUGAUAAGCCAGAAGCUGUGGACACGAUCACUGAUAACAAGCCAAAAGCAGCUGAGAUACCUAAUGAUGAAAAGCCAGUGGCUGCAGAAACCGUCACUGAUUACGAAAUAGACGCUAUUGAGACUAUCACAAAUGACAAGCCACACGCUACAAAGACUGUCACCGAUGAGAAUCCAGAAGCUGUGGAGAACAUCACCGAUGACAAGCCUGAGACUGUAGAGACCAUCGCCGAUGGCAAGCCAGAAGCUUUAGAUUCCACCGCCUCUUAUGACAAACAAGAGGUUGUAAAGACUAUGACUGAUGAUAAAACAGAAGCUGCAGAUUCUGUCACCGUUGACAAGCCAGAAGAUGUAGAAACUCUCACUGAUGACAACCCAGAACCCAUGGAGACUCCCAUCGAAGACCACCCAGAAGCUGGAGAGACUGUCAAUGAUGACAAGCCAGAAGCUUUACAGACUUCCAUCGAUGACAAGCCAGAGACUGUUGAGAUUAUCGCCUAUGACAAGCCAGAACCUUUAGAUACCAAAACCGACGACAAUAACGAAACUGUAGAGAUCAACAGAUGUCACAGGCCAGAAGGUCUAAAACCCUUGAUUGAUGAUAAAACGAGGGCUGUAGUAACCUUCACUGAUGACAAAAUAAAAGCUGGGGUGAUUCUCACUAAUGAGAAGUCUGGAGCGCCAGAGACCAUCAUCGAUGAUACGACAGAAAUUGUAGAGACCAUCGCUGAUGGCACACCAGAGGCUGUGGAGUUUAUCACUGAGGACAAGCCAGGAGCACUGAAGACAAUCAUUAAUGACAAGCAAGAAACUGCAGUGACCAUCACUGAUAGGGAAUCGAAUAGUAUGGUAACUAUCUCUGAUGCCAAGCCAGAGGCUGCAGAGAUUGCGGCUGAUGAUAAGAAAGAAGCUGUAGAGACUCUCAUCGAUGACAAAACAGAAGCUGUAGUGCCCAGCAAUGAUGCCACGUCAGAAGGUGUAACUCAUGAUGAGACCGAGACUGUAGACACCAUUACCGAUGACAAGACAGAAGUUGUGGAGACCAUAGCUGCUGAUAAGCCAGGAGCUUCGGAGAUUAUCGUUGAUAAGGAGACCGGGGAUGUGGUGAUCAGUACUGAUCACAAGACAGAAGCUGUAGAAACUAUCGCUGACGAGAAGGCCGAGGUAGUGGCGGCCAUUACCGAUGAUAAGACAGAAGCUGUCGAGACCAUUGCUGAUGAUAAGCCAGAAACCUCAGAGUCAAUCGCUGACGAGGUGACCGUUGCUGGAGUGAUCAUUACAGCUGACAAAACAGAAGCUGAAGAGAUCCUUGCUGAUGACAGGACCCAGGCUGUGAAUACUAUUACUGAUGAUAAGACAGAGGCUGUUGCAACAAUUACGGAAGACAAACCAGAAGCUGUAGGUCCCAUUCCUGACUGCAUGCCUGAACCUAUGAAAACAUUCAGUGAUUACAAGCCAGUGGCUGCAACCAUCGAUGAUGAUAAGAAAACUGAAGUUAAAACUGAAGUCGAAUCUGCCGUUGCUGAUAAACACGAAGUUGAAGCCGUUGUUGUAGAGGCAUCUAGCCCGAGGCAAAUUAUGAUAUUAGAAGCCGCCACAGAAAAACUGACUGUUGAGAGCACAGUUGGUAAUGAAUACGGGCAAGAUCUGAAAGCAAGUCUGCCACAGCUCUCUGAAAACAAGGUCUACGACACUGACAUCUAUCACAAUAUCGAAGACGGCGUGCUCCAGGUCCAGUGCGUAGUUAAGGUAGUCGACGGCCACGAGUUGCCAGAAGACUUGACUUUUGAAAGAUGGAGUCAGAGAGGAAAAGUAUCAAUGCGUGAUGUUGACUGUCAGACUAAUAUCUCCUUGGGGGUUGACGACUGUGAUGUUGUGGUGAGAGAUCCGCAGACAAUGAAAGAACUAGUCUAUAGCGGUUUCAGGAAAGAUCAGUCCGUGCCUGACGUUGAAGUGGAGGCCGCCCUAGUUGAAGAAGCCGUCAAAGAGGAGACGCCAGAGUGCGAUACAAUCGAAGAUGAAUCACAAGAAAUAGAGUCCAGCCAAAGCAAAACAGCAGAGAUGGAAUAUGUCCAAGAUGAGACACCGGAGAAAGAGGACAAACAAGAUGAGACAACAGAGAAAGAAGCCAUCAAAGAUGAGUCAACAAUGGUGGAAACCUUAGAGGAUGAGUCACCGGAGAUUGAGGCCGUACAGUAUGAGACACCAGAGAUAAAGGCCGCCCAAUGUGAGGAAACAGAGAUAAAGGUCGUCCAAUAUGAGACAUCGGAGAUAGAGACCGCUGAAGUAGAGACGCUAGCGUCAGAGACCGUCCAAGAUGAUGCACGAGAGGAAGAGGCAGACCAAAGCAAGGCAACAGAGAUCGAUGCCGUUCAAGACAAGAUACCAGAGGCGGAGGCCGACCAAGGUGAGACAAUAGAGAUCGACGCCGUCCAAGAUGAGAAACAAGAGGCAGAGAUCCAAGAUGAGAUGCCAGAGAUCGAUGGCGUUCAAGAUGAGAUGCCUGAUGCAGCGGCCAACCAAGGUGAGACAAUAGAGAUCGAUGCCGUCCAAGAUGAGAUACCAGAGGCAGAGGCCAUCCAAGGCGACAUACCAGAGGCAGGGGUCGUCCAAGGCGACAUAGCAGAGGCAGGGAUCGUCCAAGGCGACGAAGCAGAAGCAGUGGUCGUCCAAGGCGACAUACCAGAGGCAGGGGUCGUCCAAGGCGACAUAGCAGAAGCAGUGGUCGUCCAAGGCGACAUACCAGAGGCAGGGGUCGUUCAAGGCGACAUACCAGAGGCAGGGGUCGUCCAAGGCGACAUAGCAGAAGCAGUGGUCGUCCAAGGCGACAUACCAGAGGCAGGGGUCGUUCAAGGCGACAUACCAGAUGCAGGGCUCGUCCAAGGGGAGGCAACAGAGCUCGAUGCCGUUCAAGGUGAGAUAACAGAGGUAGAGGCUGAGGUCGAGACCACACAAGAUGAUGUAUCUCAGGAUGAGGUUGACAUGUAUGUUAAUGCUGAUAAACAAACCAGAGAUCAAGUCCACCCUGGAAAUACGGAGGAAUGUAUAAUUAAGGCUAAGGAAGCUGAAUCUGAAGUUGUUACUAAUGACUCAAAUAACUCAAAUGAAGGAAGAGCAAUUGCUGAGACGAAGAAAGUUCGUAAAGUAAGCACUACAGAUGAAACAAAGGAAGUUACGGUUAUCACAUCGAAAGGAGAAAGAAAAGAGACUAUCUCAGUUGGAGAUGAGGUAAGAGAGAUCUGCACGGUAUCUGAAACUGAAGAAACGAAAGAGAGUUCUAAAGUCGUUAGACGAGAAGAGACCACGAAAUCGACUGAAUUGGGCGAGACUGUGACGGAGACUACCAGUGUAUCCAGCAUUGAGAAGACAAGUGAUAAUAUGCGGAAGAGCAUGACUGAGGAAAGCAUGGAAAAGAUAUCGGAUGAGGAAGAUUUGACCGAAAUUACUCGGACUAGGUCAACUGAGGAACUGAGUGAGAACUCCAGAAUCGUGGAGGAGGAGAUUUCUCGGGAGGUGAGCAGAGUUACUAGUAGCGUUAGUUCACUGAUUGCUGAAGGCGAUUUUGAAACACAGGAAACUUUCGUGAGUGUGGAUGGGGAGGAGUUUGCAUCCGAUGAAGACACAUCUGAGAGUAGUGAAGACGCAAUGCCAGUUGAGGAAAAAGCGUUGGGCGCAGAUACACCUGAUAUUGGAAUUGUGAAUGAGAAGAAACCUCGUGCUGAUGGUGAUGCUGUCAAGGAGAACACCACCAAAUGUGAUGCUAAUGCUGUCACGGAGGUCGCCAGUGCAGUUGAAAAGGGUGAAGUCACUGAGGAUAAGUAUGAUGAAGUCACUGAGGUCACCCCUGAGAUUGAGAACGAUUUGGUCGCUGAGGGUCUCAAUGAGGUUAGGAAGGAUGAAGUUGCUGAAGUUGAAAAUAAUGCAGUCACUGAAGUUGAGGGGGAUUUAGUUACUGAGGAGGUCAGUGAAGUUGAGAAGGAUGAUGUCACUAAAGUUGAGAGUGAUACAGUCCCUGCAGUAGAGAAUGAAGAAGUCACUGAGGAAGCCACAGAUAAUGAAGUAGUAAAUGUGGACAUCACUAAAGAUGAAAAGGGUGAAGUCACUGAAGUUGAGAAGAUAGUCACUACUGAUGUUCAUAAUCAAGCAGUUACUGACGGCGUCGCUGAAGAAGAGGAGGACACGCCAACUCAAGUCGAGAAGAAAGCCAUCACUGCUGUUGAGAAGGAAGAAAUCACUGAAAUGGCGACUGAAGCUGACAAGGAAACAGAUACUAGGGACGUUGCUGAAGCCGACAACGAUAAAGUCAAUGAUGUUGAGAAGGAUGAAGUCACUGAAGGUGACAAGGAAACAGAUACUGGGGGCGUUGCUGAAGCCGAAAACGAUAUGGUCACUGAUGUUGAGAAGGAUGAAGUCACUGAAGGUAACAAGGAAAGAGAUACUGGGGACGUUCCUGAAGCCGAAAACGAUAAGGUCACUGAUGUUGAGAAGGAUGAAGUCACUGAAGGUAACAAGGAAACAGAUACUGGGGACGUUGCUGAAGCUGACAACGAUAAGGUCACUGAUCUUGAGAAGGAUGAAGUCACUGAAGGUAACAAGGAAAGAGAUACUAGGGACGUUGCUGAAGCUGACAACGUUAAGGUCACUGAUGUUGAGAACGAUGAAGUCACUGAAGGUGACAAGGAAACAGAUACUGGGGACGUUGCUGAAGCCGAAAACGAUAAGGUCACUGAUGUUGAGAAGGAUGAAGUCACUGACACUGAAGCUGAGCAGGAUGCAAUUACUAAGGACCUCACUGAAGUUGAAGAAGAAAUUAUGACUGAAGUUGAGAAUGAAGAAGUGACCGAUGACGACACUGCAGCUGAGAAGGUAGCAGUAUUCAAAGGUGUCAAUAACGCUGAGGUUAAUGAAGUCAUUGAAGUUGAGAAGGAUGCAGUUCCUGAGGCCUGCGCUGACAGUGAGAAAGAAGCAGUUUCUGACGAUGUCACUGAGGGUGAGAAGAAUGGGGUAACUGAAGCUAGGCAGGAUGAAGUCAAUGAAGUUGAGAACGCAGUCACUGAGAAGGAUGAGGUCACUAACACAGAGAAGGAUGUAGACGUCCCACAAACUGAGCAGGAUGCAGUCACUGAGGACAUCGAUAAAGGUGUGAAGGAUGAGGUCACUGAAGUUGAGAAGGAAGCAUCCGUUGCUAACACUACGAAGGAGGCAGUCACUGGAGAAAUGAAUGAAAUAAAAAAGGAAGCAGAGACUGAGGACGACACUGACGUAGAGAACGCAAUCAUUGGGGAAGUUGAGAAGGACGAAGUCACUAAAGUCGAGGUACCUAUAGAUGAAGUCAAGGAGGUGGUCCCUGAAAUUGAGAAGACAGCAGUCGUCACCGAUGUUAAGAAUGAUGCAGUCGCUGAGGAUGUCACCGGUGUUGAAGAUGAAGUAGCGACCGAGGCUGAUAAAGAUGCAGUGACUGAAGUGGUCGAUGAAGAUGGAAAGGAUGAGGGUACUAAGGUCAACAAUUACACCGUCGAUGAAGUUGAGAAUGGCGCAGUCGCUAAGAACGUCGCUGAAGUAGAAACUGAACUAUUCACUGAGGCUGAUAAAGAUGCAGUCAAAGAAGAAAGAAACGAUGUCAUUAUAAAUGAAGCUCUCAUUACCGAAAGAAUGCUCAGAAAUGAAGAAGCCGGUGCCGUUAUUGACUGGGAUAAGAGAGCCAGUAACUUGCUAGGAGAUAACAACACGGCGGUGAUCCCUGACGCAGGAGAUGCAAACACUCAAGACAAUUCUUUACUCGAGAAUAAAAACACGUCUGUUGAAGCAAAUGGUGAAGGAAGUGAUGAAUUGAGUAGUGUUGGUGAACUACACUAUGAAGAGGGAGAAGAAGAUACUGGAAGGAAUAGAGAAGCCAAAGGGAACGAUUUGAAUGAGGGAGAAAUAGACGUAGAGGAACCGGAAGGUAUUCAAGGAAGUCAAGAUGGCGGAUUUGGUAAUGAUGACGAUUUGACCUCUGGACGCACUGAACUUGAUGCAUCGGGGAGUGAACUCGCCAUAGCAAUGGAUGAAACCAUGGCAACAGUCAAGAUGUUGGUCGAGGCAGCAACCAGGGCCGCAAUGAUUGAGAUAGAGGAUGAAGACGAUGAGGCCUUCAUCAUUGAUGACAUGGGAGAAAGCACAACUGACAGUGCGCUGGAGAGCUGUUCCUUGGGAAGUUAUGGUGUGUCGUCUGCAGAAAGACGCACUCGUGAUGUAAUGACGGAUCGUGACAAUGACGAAGGCAACCCAGAGUAUGGAGAAUUCAAUAUGCCUGAAGAAAUACCCGAAGGCCAAGAAAGAGAUGGUGCGAUUGCGCCCGAGAACAAAACAUUCAUAGACAGGUCAGAGAUAUCAUCCAGUCUGGUCGCUGAAGCUGGCUCGGCUAGUUCAGCAGACAGUGUCAGCACUUCCCACGGUUUCACGGAAGAGGGAAAAGAAUCUGUAGAAGAAACCCACGUCAGGGGUGGUACGCUUAUUCCAAUGGUGGUCGUCACCAAUCAUGCCACUGAUGACAAAGAUGCAUUAUAUACGGAGAGCACGAUCGGAAAUGAAGAUGCGGAUACUGAAAUAAGGAAUAUUGAAGAUGAAAUCAAGGUCACAGAUGAUGCAGGCGAAGUCGACAAGGUCAAGGACAUUGAGAUCGCAGACGAUGUCGACAAUGUUAAGGGCACAGAUUAUGCAGAGAGUGUUGUCAAGGUCACGGGCGUAGAGGAUGCAGACAAAGUUGACAACGUCAAGGACACAGAGAACGCAGACGAUGUUGACAUGGACCUAGAGGGUGAACACAAAACCGACAAGGUAAAGGACACGGAGGAUACCGACAAAUUUGAGAAGGUUAAGGACACUGAGGAUGCAGACUACACGGUUGAGGACACAAUUGACGCCGACGAUCAUGACAAGAUCCUGGUCUCUGAAGAUGCCGGCAGUCACUUCAGAGACACCAAGGUUGAGGAUACCGAUGGACAAAAUGUUGAACUAAACGCGACAGAUAUCAUUGAAGGAAACCAGAUGAAGAGUUGUCCUGGUGACGACGUGGACCACACCGGGCCACCAGAAAUGAAAACAAUGCUCGAGCCUGACUGGAACAACGACAAUGUUACAGAAAAUGAAAUAACUGUUGAUGCUAUUAUCCUAGACCACGAGGCCAGUGAACUUAUCGAUAAAUAUGUUGAUGUUGAAGGUGAAAAUAAUGAAAAUGUUAGUAUGGAAUUUAUUGAUCCAUGCAGCAGUACGAUUGAAAUUACCAAUACUCGUGCAACCUUUUCUGCCGGUACCGUUAGAUUAAAUGGCCCAGAAUACAAUAACCAGGCGGAGGAUAGCGAUGCCAAUGAAAAUAUUGUUUCGGGGGCUCCAGGAGGUAGAACCACAUCGCCCGUUGUCAUGGGAGGCCACAAAGAUUCGAGUGUUGUGGAGGGUAGCCUUUCGCUGUCAUCGAGUGACGAAUCGUUUGGAAACGCAGGCGAUGGAGUGCGUGUGCAAAAAGCUGUUGAUAUGACACCGGAAAACGAGGAAAACAAUGAUAUAGAGACCCGCACUACUAUAAACAUGAGUGCUGAACAUGAUAAAGUGGAUUUAGACGGUGAGGAUGUGAAAGAAAUCACCAAAGAUUCGGAUAUCAUACCACCUGUUGAUGAUGAGGUCAAAGACACUAACAUUGAGAAUACGGGACAGGAUACUGACCAAGAUGUCCCAAUAGACAUUGGUCGAAACAGUGCUGUUUUGGCGGGAGAUGCUCAAGUGGAUAAUGCUGAAGUGACUGUGAUAACAAAUAGUGAGGCGGAUACGUCGCAGGAAAGUGACAGCGGAUUGGAAACUUCUGCGCCCGGUGAUAAAGAUGACAGGCCCGUCAGUGGAGAUACUACGAUGGAGGAAAACAAUAUCGACAGUGGAUUAGAAGGUACUCUUAAUGAAGGUGGGGUAGUUUCUGAUGAAACUUAUACUAAAGAUGGUAAUGAUAAAACGGUUUUGGAGGCGAAUAUUGAGCAAACUUGCGUAGAAAAAGACGGUUCUAAUGAACUGAAUGAGCAGAGUGACAAUGCUACGGACACUGUUGAAAAUACAACGCCUCAGCCGGAGAAAAGUACAUUAAGCAACUCUGUAGUAGAGCUGACUCAGGAUGCAAUACAUCAAGCAGAGGACGAAACUGCGGCUGUGGUUGGGGCAGAAGUGGUAGGAGAUGGAAAGAAAGAGGGCGAAAAUGAUGUAAAUAGUGAACAAACUGGUGAAAAUGAGACACUGGCUGAAGGAGAAACAGUGGAUGAAACUUCCCAGGAAGUUAUCAAUAAUGCUGAUUCCAACGAUGCAGGUGACAUUGUAGCAGAGACAGGUGAUAACGCAGAGGUCACGCUCAUUAAGGAGGAGAAGGAGGACCUGUCCAAGGUCAAGGACGCAGAGGAGAUUGAGGUCAAGGCUACUGAGGAUACUCCAGAAUCUGAAGAGGGUGAGUCACUUCCUAUCUUACUUGAACAUGAGAGUGCUGGUUCCGUUGCGGCAGUUGGCACAGGACCCGCCGGAGAUUCUCAAGACGGUGAUGAACUUGAAAACGAAGUAGAAAAUGAUAAAGUGACAGAAGGACUAGAAUCGGCGGAUAUAGCUGCUGAUGUUGAAAAGACCAAUGAGAGUGAUGUAGAAACUGAACGGGACGAUGGUAUGGAUACUGCCUCAAAAAAAAGCGAUGCUGCAGAAAGCGAUAAUGGAACCACUGAUAAUGAUGAAAAUCCGCCGGCAGUUGAACCAGAGAUUGAGCAGACAACAGCUCAAGAUGAGGAAGGAUCCGUUGAUACCGGCAAUGUCAACGAAGACGUGAAAAGGGAAGAUUCGUUAGCUGCCGAUCCGGGGAAUGAUCUAGAACAAACAGUGGAUGAUGACAAUGCAGAAACGGCUAUUGUAGCGGAUGAUAUUUCUCCUGCAGACGAUCCAGAGAUAGACCAGAACAUAACACUUGAGGAAGGGGGAUCAGUUCAAGGUGUUGAAAAGGAUGGUUUCUCAGCUGAAACUCUGGAGAACGAUGAAGAACAAACCCGAAUAACUGUGGAAGUAGAUGAGCAAGAAAAAGAAGUAGGCCAUGAAAAUGUGAUUGAUGUUGGCCCGGUGCCAAACAUUGCUGAGGCUGAAAUAGAAGACGUUGCCGAUGUUGUUGUCGAUCAAUCAGAAGACGUUGAAUCACAGGCAGUAUUAGGUGAGGAUCAGUUCGACGACGCUGUGAAAGAAGAAGGACAAAGUGAUGACGCUGAUGUUGAAAUUGAUACUGCAAAUGGUGUUGUUGUAGCAGAAAACAAAAGCGUAGCCGAGGAUGAAUCGGUCACUGUUGCCCAAAAUGAUGUUGAUGCAGCGAGUGAUGCGGCUGCAGCAGACAACAAUAGCCUGGCGGGCGAUGAAACGGUAACUUUUGACCAAGAUGAAGCUGAAGCUGAAGAUGUUAACAAUGCAGAAGAUAUUGUUGAGUUCGAACAGGAAGAUGAUACUGGGAUGAAGGACGAUAAUGCAGAGGAUCAAACAAGCCCUCCAGGAUCGGGAGUAGAACAUGAUGGCGACAAUGGUCCAAUUGCUCAAGAUGCGGUUGAUCACCAGGGAGCUGAGGGUAGCAAUGAGGAUAAUGAGGUCAAGGUAGACAUGAUAGCAGACGAUAAUGAAACUGAAAAAGAAGCUGUGGUCGAGUUGGAUCCAGUUGAAUCGGAAAAGGAAUUUGGGGUAGACGGGGCAGAAGUUGGUAAUCGUAGUCAUGACACGAGAGAUGACGAGAUAGAGCGAGAUGUGGAAUUCAAAACGGCAGAGGAGGUCGAUGGUGGAGAAGGUGAUGAUGGGGAUAACUUGGGGGAAGAUGUCGCUUUAGCUGCUGCUGAAGAUGAGAUCAAUGAUGCUGAACAUUUCAAUGUUGUUGCCAGAACCGGGCCCGAUGAUGGUGUGGACGAUAGAGCUAGUCCAGCUGAUUCAAUAGUAGUGCAGAGUGAGAAUGGGGACCAUGUCAUUUUGGAAGAUAAAGAUAGUGGAGUUGAAAAUGACAAGGUUUCUAAAGGAGAUGAUACCAGCAGACAAGAAUCCGUUGCUGAGGGGGACGUUGAUACUCCAGAAAGUAGGGAUAGUGCUCUGGAGGUUGAUGAGAAAACCACAGUGAAAGAGACUGUAGAAACUCAAGAAAUAACGGAAUCUACUCAUGACGUUACAGAAUCUAAGGAAGAUCCAUUUGGCGAUUGGGACGAUUUCGAUUCGAAACGAAAAGAAGAGGAAGCUAUUACGCAAGACGAGGAUGAUGAUGCCGAAACAAAUGGUGUGAUCAUUGGAAACGAUGUAGUCCAAGAUAAUGGUGAUAUUAGAGAAAAUAUCGAAGCUCAUAAUGAUGGCUACGAGUCUGAUUUCGAAGAUAAAGCAGAGGAGGAAUUGAACGAUGACAAAAUUCCGCCACCCACCGACAGAACAUUGUCUCGAAAUGGGACACCGCUAUCUCGGGCGACUACGCCGGCUGCAUCCAGGUCAGGCACCCCACUCAAACGGUCACCCACACCGACAGGGGACGACAGCCGGCCGAACAGCUCCCUGAACCUCCGAGGGGCACACUACCACGUUCUCCCACCGAUCGGAGACAGAGAGCGCACGAUGGACUCCGUGAAUUCUCUGAACGCAUGGCAGACGACAGAUGAGGAACUGACGCCGAGAGACGAAAGAGUUGCCGAUUCGCCUUCCCCGCAAAAUAAGAAAGCUCUUCCACCUUUAGGAUCAGAACCCAAGCAGAAGGCGAAAAAGGCAGCAAAAGAUUCAAACAGUAAGAAAACCGGUCGCGAAGACAGGAAAGCCGGGAGUCUUCCAAAGCCGAUAAAGUCGUCUGCUUACGUUGAGAAAGGGCGUCUGCACGUGACUCUUCAAGGUGAGGCAAAUGUCAUGGACUUUGGGAAAGGUAAGAAAAAGAACCCAACUCCCGUGCCCCUUGAUGUCAACAUUCUGAUCAUGAAGGAGAAGAAGUCCAAGAAAUCGCCCAUGUUUGGUCAGCCGAAGCGAAAGCCGCCGCCGAGGCUUGCUCCGGUGAGUAUCGCCGAGAAGGAUGUGGUGAAUCUUCGCGCCCAGGGACCCCAGUUCAACACUAAGUUGGAAAACUCUGAGAAGCGAGUGAACCCCGUGUGGAGGGCGAAGAAGCUGAAGACUAGUAACCGUUAGUCGUUUUGACAGGCGCGUGGUCUUGGUUUUUUAUGACCUGAUAACUGGGUUCAUUUCAUUGUAACCGUUCCUUGAGAACAUUAUACAGCAGGAUUAUGUACGAUUAAUUUUUCACUAUGUAUUUAGAUAUUUUGGCAUCCUUUCUGCAAGUAUACAUUAGAGAUAAUCUAUAUAAUAGUACAUUUGUUUUCUGUUGCAUGUUGUACUAAUACAUGUAUUUCGUUCCGUCCAUACUAACAUAGAUAUUUCGAAUGAUAUAUAUAAAGCUCAACAUUUUGUACAAAAAAAUAUAGAUUUUUGGCGCUUGUAUGUAUGUACAUUCCUUUUUCGUCGGAAUGGCAAAAUAGAUGUUCCCGAUUUUUGCCUCGACUCUUUCUUGUGGCGGCUAUCGAAGUUUCCGACUUUUUGAUAGAGUGUACUAACAUUUCCGGUUACUGUCCGCUGGAAAUUGACAGUUUAGACUCAAUGGAAUCGUUUGAGGGUGGUCGAGGAAUUGAGGGGCGAAUGAAGUCCUUUUCAACGAUCUAAAAUCGGUUUAUCCCUUCAUUUUGAACCGCCAGGAACUUCCGAGAGUCUGGUUGUCAAUUUCCGGUGGCCCGUAAUUGGUAUAUUGAUUCGAAUCGCCAAACCAUAUACUGUAGAAAAAUCGAUGAAAACAUAUGCACUAUGAUUUAUAACGCAGAAAUAAUAUUUUCACCAUGAAUGAUUUAAUAAAAUUGUUGUAGCAAA